AUGGUAGCUAAAUUCCGAGAAGUGCUGCACACAAAGUGGCUGAGGGAAAAGAAGUCUGCAGGCGAUGUGUUCGACUACGUGCUGAAGGAAGCUCACAAGUACGCUCUUAAGGCUCGCGACUUAAAAACUUGGGUUUCGUACGUGACAAAGCUGGACAAGGAGGAACCUUACAAGACCAUGUUGUCGGUACUAAAGGGACGCUUCGGCGGAGAGCAACUAGUCAGGAUGAUUGGUGACGCCGAAAAGGCCAGUGAUACGACAGUAACUCUCACCAAAUUGAAGCACGAGCUCUGGCUGAGCGAAAAGAAAACUGCGGCGGACGAGUUCGGCCUUCUCGGUCUGAACAGGCUGAACGCGAAGAGCGCGGAUGAAAUGAUGUUCUCGGUGCUGAAGGAUAUCUACCCCAAGAAAGAGCUGGUAGCGAUGCUAGCGGCAGCUAAACAGGUCGAAGAAGCAAAGGAGUUUGCUACGAGGAUGGAGAAACAGUUAGUGCUGAGCCUUGGAAAGUGA